AUGACGGUUGACGUACUUAUUCUCGGGGCUGGCCCGGCCGGGCUUGCAGCAGCCGGCGCUCUCGGCCGUACCCUGAGGCGUGUCCUUAUCCUUGCCGAAGACGAGCACCCCAAUCGCGGGAGCCAUCCCUUACACGGCGUCUUGGCUUGCGAGGGCAUGAACCGGGUCGACUUCAUCACCCAGAGCCAGCAGCAGAUCACGUCGGCCUACCAGAAUGUACGUCUAGAGUCUGAUAUCGCUAAGAGCGUCACCGCAAUUGGCACCCCGGGAAAGCCGGCUUUUGAAGUGAGGACAGCCUCGGGCGUGGUUCAUCAGACCCGACGUCUCAUCCUGGCCACGGGUGCGGUUCAUGAGCUUCCGACAGAGAUCUACGGAUUCACAAGCUGUUGGCCGGAUCACAUCUACCAAUGUCUCCUCUGUGAUGGCUUUGAGCGCGCCAACGGACCCCAUGGCGUCGGUGUUCUCGCGUGGCCAUUAUCGGAGCACCAUGUUCAUCUCGCCCUACGGGCGAGAUGUUUCAAUACCCGCGUGGUUGUCUAUACUAACGGGUGCGACACCGACGAGCAGCAGCGUGAGGCUGAGAAAUUAUUUGCUCCCCUGUUAUCGCAGUUCGUUACCCUGCAGCAAGCGCGAAUCAGCCGCUUAGAGCCAUUGCCUGUCCCCGAGGGUCCUGGCGUCCGCCUGCAUCUCGACUCUGGCAACACAGAGUGCGCCGACUUCUUGGUGUAUAAGACGCUUACACGACCAGGCAGCGCCGACCUAGCGACACAGCUCGGCCUCCCUACAGCUGAAGUUCCCGGCCAUGGCACCUUUAUUACGCGUGAGGAACCUACUGGGAGUACAAACGUGCCAGGGGUGUAUGUCUGUGGCGAUGCUGGCAGCCCCAUCAAGGGCGUAGCACCAGCAAUGGCUCAGGGAGUCUGUGCUGCGGAUGUUAUUUGGGGAGGUUUAGUAGAGGAGGAUAGAUACAAGUACUUGUACUUCUUUACCAAUUUAUCCAUGGAUAUUGGCAUCAUUGGUGCGGGAGUAAUAGGCCUCUCAAUUGCCCUUGUUCUAUCCGAGGCUGGCUAUCAUGUCACAGUUGUCGCGCGAGAGCUCCCUGGUGAUUCAUCUCUCCUCUGGGCCAGCCCAUGGGCAGGUGCUGGCAUUCUUCCCUAUCCUACGAACCAUGGAAGAGACCUGCAAGCUGCGACAUACCGAUACUUUUGGUCACUUGCGCAGACAGAUCCAAGCAGUGGCGUUCAAAGGACCCCUGUGCGGGAGUAUUUCGACGACCGUGGCAACGACGACAGUGAAAUCUGGUAUCAGUCGCUUGUAGUCGACUAUCACCGUCUCCCAGGCCAUCUGCUGGGCUUUACCUACCUGUCAACAACUGUCAACCCGGAUCUUUAUCUCCCCUGGCUCCAGGGUCAAGCUGUCACGCACGGCGUGCGUUUCAUUCGCCAGACUGUGGAUUCUAUCUCCAUGGCACGAUCCGUAUCAGGGGCACGGGUGAUCAUCAACGCCUCAGGGCUCGGGGCUUUGCAGCUGGCCCCAGAUCCAGCCGUAGCGGCCGUCCGAGGCCACGUUCUGCUGCUCAAGAGCAAGGAUGCAGCCGUAGCGGCACAAGAGAUGAUACUCUUUCAAGGAUCUCAGUACACUUACUGUAUACCACGGAUGGGUACUGGCGGCGUCAUACUUGGCGGGGUAUCGCAACCCGGUGAUAUGCGAAGAACAGCUGACCCGGAUGCUCGCAAUGAUAUUAUUGCACGCGUUCAGGGCCUGGCACCAGAUAUUGUUCGAUCCAUCGAUCCGGGUGGAGUUGAGAUCGAAGAUAUAGUAGCCUUUCGACCUGGAAGAGAGGGGGGGUAUCGCUUGGAUUGCGAUGGCCGUACAAUCCAUGCCUACGGCUUUGGAGGACUGGGGUACACGUAUAGCUACGGGGUGGCGCUCAAAGUGCGCGGCAUAGUAAAUAGGCUCCGUGAGGAGGAAGUGGAUGGAUAUUAA